GUGACAGUCUCCCUGGCAGAGGCUCAGUACACUGUUGGGGAAGAAGAUGAAGAGGUGACAGUCUGUGUCCAGUUGGAGGAGGGAGCUCUGGGUGGUAUAACUGCCACCGUCGACUACCAAAUACUGCCUGGCUCAGCAUCACUUGCUGACUACCUUGGUCCGAGGGUUGGUAGUCUGUCACUAGGACCAGAAGCGGUGACAGGAGAUACAGCAUGUCUCACCAUCCCUCUGGUGAAUGACAGCAUUCAUGAGCCACCGGAGACACUGACACUCUCACUACGACCUUCCUCUGCGUUUGUAGUGAUUGGAGCCAACAGCUCUGCUACCAUCACCAUAAUUGACGACGAUGGUGCAUUAGCAGCGGUGGGUAUGGAGUCAGUGGAGUACAUGUUCAGUGAGGGUGAUGGUGUGAUAGUGGUGUGUGCCGUGCUAGAGGACGGAGACCUUGGGAGCAUCUCUGAAAUCCCUUUCUCCGUCGAGGAUGAUACAGCCAGUGGGAAUAUUGACUACCUGCUACCGCAGACACUCGUCUUCAGGUUUCCACUAAUGUCUCCAGUAGGGCAGCCAGCAUGCGUUGAGUUCACUCUAGUCAACGAUAAUAUUGUUGAAGAUAUGAGGACAUUUGAAAUCAGACUCACCCCUCUACCAGGAGUGACUGUUGGGACCAACGGCUUUGCUUUUGUUACCAUUGUCGACGAUGAUUGGAUGACGGUUUCAAAAUAA